GGGGCCCUGCUGGUAGCACUGGUGGUGCUGGGAGCCCCCCCGGCUGCGGGCGCGGAGCUCUCGGGGGUGUUCCAGAGGAUGACAAAGUCCGACUGUUACUUCACUAACGGCACGGAGAAGGUGAAGUACGUCCAGAGAUCCAUCUACAACCGGGAUCAGUUCAUAAUGUUCGACAGCGACGUCGGGCACUUUGUGGGGUUCACCCGCUAUGUGGAGAGCUUGGCCAAGCGCUGGAACAGCAACGCAGUAUUGAUGGAGGACAGACGGACUGCGGUGGACUGGUUCUGCCGGUGCUGGUACAAGAAUUUUACCCCGUUCAUCACGGAGCGCCGAGGUGAGCGCGAGGGAGAGCAUGUCCCCUCGGGGCCUGCACUGCCAGUGACCCUGGAGCCCCUCAAAAUCUCCCUGGGCAUCGGCCCAGAUCCCUCAGCCCUCCUUCCUGCUGCCAUCCAGGUGAGGUGGUUCCAGGGCCAGCAGCUCUCGGAGCACGUGGUGGCCACCGACGUGGUCCCCAACGGGGACUGGACCUACCAGCGGCUGGUGCUGCUGGAAACGCCACCCCGGCGUGGGCUCAGCUACAGCUGCCAGGUGGAGCACGUCAGCCUGGAGCAGCCCCUGAGGCGGCACUGGGAGAUGCCGCCGGACGCCGCCCGCAGCAAGAUGCUGACGGGCAUCGGGGGCUUCGUCUUGGGCUUGGUCUUCCUGGCGCUG